GAUGUUUACUUGGAAGUGGCGCGGUAUGAUCGAAUAUUCGUGUUGAGAGAAGUCGAAGGAUAGAUAGACCUGUUAGCCUUUGGUUCCCGCCUGGAUUCAGAGACAUGGACUACCCGGAUCGAGUGGGUGAAAUCCCUCGAGUUCUCGCUCGGUCUGAGUUCGCAAAGCGGAUGUUCAAAGAAAAGGUUGAGCGGGAGCGGAUGCAACAGGCGGAACAAUCCAAGUUCCGCGCACGCGAAUGUGAGGUGAUUAAAAGGAAACCGUUCCAACCGAUUCUCGAGCAUAAUCGGACGAAGCCUGAUGAUGUUGUUCUGCACUCGACGGUCCGGGCUAAUGAGAGACGGAAAUUCGAAGAGUACCUCGGCGAGAAGAACAGAUUGAAAGAGGAGCACGAGAAGGAAGAACGCGCUCGACAAGAGAUUGAGGCCCAAGAAGCCCUGAAGAUCUACCGCCGAAAACUAGAGUUCAAAGCGCGACCCGUACCCGGCUCAAAUUGUGAGCCCUACAGGCCCCAGCCGUCCUCCCGGCUCCUCACCGUCCCCGCAACCCCUUUCGUGCUCAAGCGAUCCCAUAGUAAAUGA